AGUUCUUUUUUCAACAGAUUUUACGUUCAUCGCAGUUCAUCGGCACAUCCAGUAGCGAAGAUGCAGUUGUUGAUCGAUUGUAAAUUUGAUAUGCGAAUUGUUUAGGGGAUUCUGUCGCUCUCUACAAACCGGAUUGGUGUAUAAACAGAACAAAGAUUUUAGAAUAGUGUCCGCCCAAUAAUGUGGAAAUUUAUUAUUUUUCUUUUCACAAUAAAUUCCUUCUACACUUUGCGAUGUGAGGCUCAGUCGUACGAUGACAAGCGUUGUAAAUGCAUUUGCCCAAGUAUUUCAUCCGUUAUCAAUACUACUCAGCCCUCUAAAGACCGAUUGAACUUCAUUUCCAAUGUACCACCAAACAAUUGUGAUUGCGAUGGCGUUAUAUUGCCUCGGGUUGGACAUCAAAUAGUGGGAAAGGAACAGAUUUUCUGUGCACGAUGUGACUGUAAAUAUGAGAAUCGGAAUACCACGAUCAUUAAGAUUGUAGUGAUCAUUGUAAUUUGGGUGAUAUCUCUCCUAGUAAUUUAUAUGUUAUUCUUGAUAUGUUUGGAGCCAUUACUGAACAAAAGGAUUCAUAGAACUGCUGGAAACGCAGGCUACCAAGAACAUAACAACGAGGAGGACGACGCCUCAGUGGCUCCUGGAAUGUCUCAUCCAAUGGGAGUAAGAGGCAAUGUUUUAAAUCGUGUCGGUCAUCAACAAGACAAAUGGAAGCGACAAGUUCGUGAGCAACGUCGCAAUAUCUACGAUCGGCACGCCAUGCUUAACUGAGCUGUACAGUCUUUUUAUUGGGAAAUUAACUCUACCAAAGACCGCAGCUCGGUGAGAUUUUUAGAUUAGUCUGAUUGAAAAGAGAACGACAUAGUAUGUUCGUUAAAGGAGGUAUUAAGAACGAUGGUAUUUAUAUUUGUAGGAAUAUGUAUAUAUCUUUUCUAACGAAUGUUUAUUUUACAAUAAAUUCGGGCAACCCUCUGGUUCCCCUCUUUAUUUAGAAGGUCAA